GGCCAAACGAAAUUUUAACACCAGCGGCCUUUCAAAUAUUUCUUUGAUCCUUGAAUCCCAUUUUGUCCUAUUGGAAAAGACAUGAAUGUCGUUGUACAUUCCACCCUUACCCAACUCCAUUCCGUUCAUUUCCAACUUCAGUCCAUUUCUACAUCAUUUUAUUCUCAUAUGUCAUAUUCUCCCAUUAUUUCAUAAUCGCCAUCGGCAGAUAUAAACGAUUCAAACUCGAACACUCCUACGCGGCAUCAACUCAACCAAUCGAUUUGCCCUUAUCACUGAUAGAUCAUUUGAACACCAGGACCAGUUCUGUAGACUCAAACUCGCCCUGCGACAUCUAUGAGCUCUCCAGUAUACCGCUGCUGUCAUGGAUGACCGAUUUGAGCAUUUGGUGUAAAUGGUACAGGAAGAUGCAUGCCAUGUGUUUUUAUGACAUAAAUACGUAUAUUUCGAUGAAAGGCAAAUUUACAAAAGGCAACUACGCUAAGGUGAGCUGCUUGAUGUCGACGGCAAAGAGAUACUGUACUUUAUGCUCGUAUUCAACAAAUGAAUUCUGAAAUGUCGGCUAAAGAUGCUCGUUUAUGAAAAAAUGAAAGCACCCAUCCUUAGAACCAUAUCCGCUAGCAGAGUGUCAAGCCUAGCAAAUUAGAGAAACAUACCUCAUGUUGUCAAUGGUUUCGAUGAAUUACCGUUCAGAAAUACAAAUUUACAGACAAUAAUGAAGAAAACACUUCAAAGGUUGGACCAUUGUGUCCAGAAUGCAAAAUGUUAAC